AUGGAGGAUAUCACCCAGUCCCCAGUGACGGUGAUCGUCGACAGCAUCAAGGGCCAGAACAUUGCCUUCACAACACCAAAGGGUGCCUCUCUUAUUUCUCUAUACGACACACUAUACGAGCGCGCUCCAUGGAUCCAAAACUCCUCUUACAUCCUAACGACCAACUCGCGCCGAGCAGUCCGUCACGCUGAGGAGCCUGUCUCGACACUGCUCUCUUCGCCAUCAGACACAUUCCUUUCGCUGCGCCUGACCGUACCUCUAUGUGGUGGAAAGGGCGGUUUUGGUUCCAUCCUGCGCGCCCAGGGUGGUCGCAUGUCCUCGCGCAAGAAGAAGAACCAGGUCGAUGCGAACGCAUCGUCCCGGAACCUGGAUGGACGCCGACUGCGCACCGUUGCCGAGGCGAAAACUCUCGCUGAGUACCUCGUGAUCAAGCCAGAGAUGGAACAGCGGGAGAAGGACGAGCGCAGGAAGAGGUGGGAGGACAUCGUGGCUAGCACAGAACGGAAGCAGGAAGAGCUGCAGAACGCUGGCGGAAAGGCGCGCCUGGACGGCAAAUGGCUUGAGGAUAAAGAGGAAGCAGAAAACAAGACAAAGGAAGCUAUUGAGAAGAUGCUGUUGGCGCAAACGGUGAGCUCCGAGGACGAAGAAGACGAGGAGCCAGCUCAGCCAGCUGCUUCUUCGUCGAAGCCUGCUCAACAACGUGCUCUGUUUGGCUGGGACGAUGAGGACGACGAGUUUAUGAGCGACAGUGACGAGGAAGAGGACGUGUCAGAGGAGGAUGUGAAGCAACCGGAAUUUGAGGGCAAAGGAAAAGGAAAGGCAGCCUUGUACAAUAGCUUUCGGCAAGCACAACAGACAAUGAAUAUUGUAUUGAACCCGAUGGAAAGGGUCGCGGCACCCGUCGUGUUGCCGAGUCCCUUGCUAAAAGGUAGCCAUGCCUCUUUCCUCACACUUGUCGAGAUUCCCGCAAUGGCUUUGUCGACAUUGAGGUACCCCGCGCUUCGAAUCGCCAGCAGACGAUACCCCGCGUUGCGAGGCAGCACUAUCUCGAGAGCUGCCUUCUCCACCACGCCAAGAUGGCAAAUCCGCACCAAAGAGAUGACAGAGGAGCAUUUCAAGGAUUUGAAAGUAAAUCGAGAGCGAUUAAUGCAGGAUAUCCAUCACACCUGUCAAUGGGGUACUGGCGAAAGAUGGGGCGAGGCUGCUACAGAGACUGGAAUGUCUCGCCUUGCACUCUCGGAUACAGACAAGCAAGCAAGAGAUUGGUUUGUAGAGACGACGCAGGCUCUGGGCUGCAAAACUACGGUUGAUGAGAUGGGCAAUAUCUUCGCCGUUCGACCAGGACUGAAGAAUGACAAGCCGCCAACGUAUGUUGGUAGCCACUUGGACACCCAACCGACGGGUGGUCGGUAUGACGGCAUUCUUGGUGUUACUGCUGGAGUUGAGAUGCUGAAAGUCCUGGCCGACAACUGGGUUGAGACUGAAUAUCCAGUUGGUGUCGUGAACUGGACGAAUGAAGAAGGCGCGCGAUUUCCGAUGUCGAUGGCAUCGUCUGGCGUUUGGGCUGGAUCUAUACCUCUCGAAAAGGCACAUAGUCUCCGUGAAGUACAUCCAGGGACCGCAACUCAGAAAUCCGAGCUUGAGCGGAUUGGCUACUUGGGAACUACACCGGCGAGUCACGAAGCAAUGCCGAUGGCUGCGCACUUCGAGCUUCACAUCGAGCAGGGCCCUCUUCUGGAGAUGGCUAAUAAGAAGAUUGGUGUCGUAGCCGGUGUGCAAGCCUACAAGUGGCUCACCGUCAAGGUCAAGGGCCGCGACACCCACACUGGCACCACAGACCUCAAGUCCCGCGCCGAUGCGCUACUCACAGCGUCAAAGAUGAUCCUGCACUCCCACAAAUUGGCCACAGCCAAUGGCGCCCUGGCUUCAACGGGUAUUCUCAAUCUCAAGCCUGGCUCCACCAACACCGUUCCUGGCGACGUGACGUUCAGUCUAGACAUCCGGGCCAAGAAAGACGAGACAGUUGCGGAGAUGAAGAAGCUUGUCGAGCGCGACUUUCCUCGCAUCGCAGCCGGCGAGAACAUCGAUGGCCUGAACGAGGGCUGCACUCCUGGCCUGCCCCUCUCCGUCAGCAUUACCGAGGACUUUGACUCGCCCGCCACAACCUUCCACUCGGACUGCAUCCAUGCCGUACGUCAAUCUGCAUUCUCUGUCCUCGGGCCCAACAGCCGGAAUCUGGUUCUGGAUAUGACGUCUGGCGCAGGGCACGAUAGUGUGUAUACGAGCAAGCGGUGCCCAACAAGCAUGAUCUUUGUACCGUGUAGGGAGGGUGUGUCUCACAACCCAAGAGAGUUCUGUGAAGAGGUGGAUUGCGCCCUCGGCGCGGAGGUAUUGCUGCAGAGUGUGGUGCGUUUCGACCGGAUGAGAGAUGAGAGAAGGGUUACAUGGAAACAGGAGCCUUACACGAUCUAA